CCUAUAUAAGCGGUUUGCGGGGCGUGCCCUCGCGUCGGGGUCGCCGUGCGGGUGUCGGAGGGCGGCUCCUCUGGGCUGCGGCUUGCGCUCACUGAGGCGGCACCUCGGGGACGAUGGCGGAGGGAGAUAAUCGCAGCACCAACCUGCUGGCUGCAGAGACUGCAAGUCUGGAAGAGCAGCUGCAAGGAUGGGGAGAAGUGAUGCUGAUGGCCGAUAAGGUCCUGCGAUGGGAAAGAGCCUGGUUUCCACCUGCCAUCAUGGGUGUGAUUUCCUUGGUGUUUCUGACCAUCUACUACCUAGAUCCAUCUGUUCUGUCCGGUGUUUCCAGUUUUGUUAUGUUUUUGUGCUUGGCUGACUACCUUGUUCCCAUUCUAGCGCCUAGAAUUUUUGGCUCCAAUAAAUGGACCACUGAGCAACAGCAGAGAUUCCACGAAAUCUGCAGCAAUCUUGUAAAAACGCGACGCAGGGCAGUGGGCUGGUGGCGACGCCUCUUCACGCUAAAGGAAGAAAAGCCGAAAAUGUACUUCGUGGCUGUGACCGUGUCUCUUGCUGCGGUUGCUUGGCUGGGACAGCAAGUCCACAACCUUCUGCUCACCUACCUGAUAGUGACUUUCUUACUGUUGCUUCCCGGACUAAACCAGCAUGGAAUCAUUUUGAAGUACAUUGGAAUGGCCAAGAGGGAGAUAAACAAGCUUCUCAAACAAAAAGAAAAGAAAAACGAAUAACACAUCUGCUUCAUUCAUGUGAUUGCCGGUGUAUACAGUGCCCUUAGGGACAGUCUCUGUGAUGCUCCCCGGAUUCUCACAUGUUACAGAAGCCGCUCUUUGCUCGCCCUCCUCUGCCCUUCGUUACUAGAAAUUCAGACUUGUCACCUAAGGCUUUACGCUUAGUGUCUUCGUGUCAAGUGUAGCUGGGCGCAUUCUCAUCAGUUGGCCUCAUAAGGACAGCUCAUUCGCGAAUAUCACUUGUUUUGAUUUUUCUCACCCAGGGUUAAUUGAAUUCUUACUUUUAGGCACCUUCCUUUAAAAUAAUAUAGUGGCGAACUUCACCCUUUAGUACGGUUAGCAGUGACUUUGGAUAACUGUUCGAGUUGCCCUUCGCUUUAGCUAGACGCAGGUGUGGUGGUCUGUGGCUACAGGAAGCUGGUUCUGUCUGCUAACACAGUCUGCUUAAAAACUGGCUCCGUGCAUAUAGAGACCAAGCUUAGCCCUUCGAUGAAGAGACCAAUUAAGAUGCAUUCCUCAUUCCGUUUCUAAACCAUGGGAGAAGAAUCCUCACGGAAUAAAAUGAAACUGGUUCCAUGCCCUGGUAGGUGCUGGUUUCUUCCUGGUGCAAAGCUGAGCAGUUUGUAGGAAACGUCGAUCCUCCCUCCAUAAUGGUGGAUCUGACCGGCUCUCGUCCCCUUGCACUUAGAUUUCAGUCAGCAGGUCCUUAAAUACUUCAUUAGCAGGCUUCCAAAAGCUUGGGUUUAGCGUUUUUAGCAUACUUUUCAGAUUUUCAGCUGACUGAAACUAAAGUACCUAAGAGGUUAAGACUCACGUCUGUGACCUUCACUUCAAAACCAGCCAAUAAAAGACAAACGUCUUCCUUUGUUUAGUCAAGAUUCAGUAGAAAAUAAUCUUUUCCUACUGAUUUUUCAAGACCAGAAUAAGCCUUUAAAGGUGUAAGCUUCAAGAUUCUCGUUUUAUGAGGUGGUGACUGUGCUGGCGUCUGACUUUUCCCCUAGAUGUUGCUCUGAAGAGCACAAGGGCUGUUGGUGUGAGCAGACUGUGGGGGUGGUAGGUGCCCUGAGGUCUGCAGACUUUGGACCUCCUUGGAAGGCGUCUUAGAAUCACUCUCCCUCCUAGUAGCUAGAAAUUGAGAGUAGUUGAAAUCUGUAGGAAUGAAUCUGAGGGCUGAAAAUGUGACAGAUUUGGGAACAAUUCUUAAACUCUGACUAACUAGCUGUAAUAUAGUUUUGUGAAUUUAUUGCACUGAUGCUGUAAAACUUGGACUUUGUGGUAUAUCUGUCCCUAAAUGAGUGUUGUUUUCUCCCCUUCAAUAUUCUGUAAACAGUGGCACCCGUGUAGCAUAUGUUUUGAUUUUUUUUUUUUUAAUGUUUCAUAUGAAAACCACAAACUACCUUAAUUUACAUGUGUUUCUUCAUUGUAAAUAAGCCUGUCUUCUUAUCUGGAUUUUUUUUGUGUAUACGUAGGUGUUCUACCAAUUUAACUACUUUUGUGGUUUUAAUCCUAUAUUUCUUCUACUUUGUUUUGUGAAAAGGGGGAAAAAUAAAAGCCGGAAUCCCU